AUUCUUACUGAAAAAGAAAUUAAUCGAAAUAAUUAAUAUUAUUAUGCAUUUAGAUCCGUCGGAAUGGAACUCGAACCACAUCGCAUCCUGGAUUUCAUGGUGCAGCCAGGUGUUUUCCAUAAAACCACCACCGAGUACAAUUAAAUUUCCAUCAACUGGCAAAGAGCUAUUAAAAUUAUCGUCUGAUUAUUGGCAAGCUAUUCCUGGUGGAAAAAUUUUGGCACGACACCUUGGUUACCUUCAAUUCCAGGCAACUGGUGUACAAACGCCGGAUUUGUUGCAAGAGGAGAAGAUUGAUGAGAGGUUCAGCCUCCUCCAACGAACUUGCUCCCUGAUUGGAUCGACAGCUGGAGCUGUGGGUUCCGGGGCGGUCGGAGGCGGACAGGUUCAACUCUGGCAAUUCCUGCUGGAGCUGCUCUCGGAUUCGUCCAAUUCAUCCUGUAUCGCGUGGGAGGGCUCGAACGGCGAGUUCAAACUUACCGAUCCGGACGAAGUUGCGCGUCGAUGGGGCGAACGGAAGAGCAAACCGAACAUGAACUACGACAAAUUAUCGCGAGCACUCAGAUAUUACUACGACAAAAAUAUCAUGACGAAAGUGCACGGGAAACGAUACGCGUACAAGUUCGACUUCCAUGGAUUGAUGAUGGCUUGUCAGACCCAAGCUGGCGUCACGUUGGAGGCAUCUCAAUCGAGCCGAGGUACAGGCGCGAAUUGUCAUCCUCAUCAUACGCAUCAUACUCAUCAUCUGUAUCCGACAGGACCAUCGAGUUCGCAACAUCCAUCGGCACCUCCACCACCGCCUCCACCACCACCGCCACCUCCGCCACAUUAUUGUUGGCCUUACCACAGAUACUCUCCACCAACGUAGCAUAAAGAUUUUAUUGUUUUUCAUUUGUGACAACAUGAACAAUUUUUUGUUAAGUUAGAUCAUGCGUAGGAUAUGCAAUAGGCAUACCAGUGCAUAAAAGCAAUUGUAAAUUAUACUGCUAUUUUAAAGAUUUUAAAGGAAUAGAUAAUUUCCAACGUAAUUUGGAAAAGUUAUGUAAAUUUUUUGUUAAGCAUUCUGCGAUAAUUAAUUAUUGGUAGAUCUAUUAUACUCGUGUAAUUAAUGGUUUCUUUUUAAGUGUAAUAUAUAAGAUAAAUGUUAACUAUAAAAUAAGUAUGUACAACAGAUAAAUUAAGUACCUAAAUAUUGUAGGUAUAGUUGUUGGUAGAGAAGAAUAAAAUUAUUGUAUAUAUAAAUAUAUUAAGAUAUUUAGAUAAGCAUACAUAAAGCAAUAGUGAUGUCUCCGUUAAAGUUUUGGAUAGGAAUUGUAUUUAUAUGCACUUCUUUAAUGUUGGAAUGUACAGUUUGUAAGCAUAAUUUUUUAUUUAAUGAAUGUUAAGGUGCUUAACGGUUACCGUAGGAAAAUAAAGCACUGCAAA